UUUCAUUUAUAACUAAUCAUGACUGCUUAUACGGUUAAAAGCAAAUCAUGUUUUCAUUUUUAGCUAGAAACUAUUUGAAGGCAGACAUAUAACCACAAUGGCGGAUAUUGAUCUCAGCAGAAGGGACCCGAAUGAUUUGAAUAGCCAUAUCAAGGUUGAAUUUGAGGACGUAUUAGGAGAACCAGAUGGUGCCCAAAGUUUUGACAAAGUAUGGAUAUUUUCAUACAAAUGCUACCGAUGUGGACUAGGCUGCUGUUACAAGUUACUCACCUUGCUAUGUGGAUUGUGUAUUGCUCUGUAUUGGGGAUGUACCUUUGCGUGCUUAACCUUUGAGCAUGUAUGGUGCUGGACACCAUAUAUGAGAUGCUUUUCAAUCUUUGCUGGGGCAUGCCAGAAAUUUAUUGGAAUCAUGAUGAACUGUUGCAUUGCGCCAUUCUGUGAAACAUGUGGGUUGUUUUUUAGCAAAAUAACAGUUCAAAACAAAAAUUAAUAUUGAUAACAACAUUAAAUCUUCUAUUAUAAAUCAAUAACUUCAAAAUUAUUUGUUACUUAUAUGGUUAGAAAAUGCUUAUAGUUAUUAGAGAGUAGUCCAAAAAAUUAUAUCGUUAGGGCAUUGAGAUGAAGAUAUAUUUAUACACAUGUUAUUAUUGAAUAAAGUUAGUUGAACCUAUGUCUCAUA